AUGGAUCAGCCGAACUAUGUAACCCUUGAAGAAGAGCUAGAAAAGCCCAAGGCAUGCCCGAUUUGCUAUUUAGAAAAGCCUUUAUCUGCAAUAAUCCCAUCAUGCGAUCAUAUAUUUUGCAGAGAAUGCUUAACGUUAUAUUUAACACAGCAAAUCUCUGAAUCAAAAGUACAGGUCAUCAAAUGCCCGAGCUGUUCUGUUAUGAUUCAGCGCCAAUUCCUUACAGAAUUUCUUGACCCAGCUUGACUUCUAAAGUAUGAUCGCUUUUUACUUACUCCCCCCCCUCCGUGAGUGAACAAAAAAAUUUUGUUCACUCACGGAGGGGGUUAAUUUUUUUUUUUAAAAAAAUUUAUAUAUAUAAAUUUUAUAAAAAAUAUUUUUUUUGGAAAUUAAAAAAAAUCUAAUUCGCAAAAAUUGGAAAGCAAAUAUUAAUUUAAUUUAUAAAAUUUAUGUUUUAAAAAGCAAUUCGUUUGAAAUUAAACAGAAUUAGCUCUAGAUUUCAUUAUAAUAAUUAUCAUUUAUAUAUCAAAAUUUUUUUCCAUAAAAAUUUUUUCUAUUAAAAAAAAUUUUUGUUCACUCACGGAUGGUGGGUUUUUGGGCAAAAAAUAGCGAUUUUUCUAAUGGUUUUGUUCACUCACGGAGGGGGGGGGAGUUAGAGAAACCCUGGCAUCGAACCCCUAUGUGCGUUUUUGUCCUCAAACUAACUGUGAUGGCUAUGAUCUAGGUGGAUCUAGCAAAAAGAAGCUUAAAUGCAACCAAUGCAGCUUUGAGUAUUGCUUUUUCUGUGAAGAAAAGUGGCAUGGCUGGAGAAAAUGCAAAAAAACAGUUGAUAUUGAAUUUGAAAAAUGGGCAAAGAGCUGGCCAGACAUGAAACCGGCCCCUUCAGUACAGUUUUGAUAAUAAGAAAUAUAAGAAAUAUUGUAGUAUUUUCGCUUCUAAAAUAUUUUAGCAUAAUUUUAUAUGAUGUUUGCGCAUAUUCAAAAUCCAUUAUUUUAUAUCCCUACUCUACUAUAUUUAUAUGGUAAAAAUUUUUAGACUAAUAAUAAAAGAGUAAAUAGAGAAAUAUGCUAGAUAUCGGUAAUUAUCGCAUUUAAUCAUGAAUCUAGCUGAAUUCUGCUUUAAAAUAAUAGACAAAAAAAAAUCGGUUCAAACAUAAAUGUGUAUCAUAGGCACAUACAAUAUUUAGCAAUGAUUCGCUAAAUUAAUGCGUUUUAACAAAUUUAAUAUGCUAUUUAAAUAUAAAAUAUGAUAUAUCUCAUUUAAAUUUUAUACAAAUUAUGGCUAAAUUUGCUAGCCAUAUACAAAUUUGGUUUAUAGUAGGGAUAUGAAAUAAAGUAUUAAAUAUAUGUGUAAACAUGCUAUAAAUCGCGUUUUAAUAGUUUAGAGGCGAAAAUAAUGCAAUGUAUCUUAUAUCUCUUAUUAUCAAGACUAGGUAGUUUGGUAUUGGAAGUGAGAUUAAUGCUUGACCAAAGAGUAACAAUGUAAAAUUCUGUCCUCAGUGCAAGAGAAGGGUUGAAAAACGAGGAGGCUGCCCGAAUAUGUCAUGCAUUUGCGGAGCUACCUGGUGCUGGAGGUGUGGGAAACCUAAUGGACCUCAUCAUGAAGUAGAAUGCUUAAUAGGGGAAAAUAUAUGGAAUAUUCACUGACUCCCUUCUCAACAAUGGACAAAACUACAAAUUUAAAUAGAUCGAAAGUGUUCCGAUAGACACCAAAAAUAAACAUUUAACCGUUUACUCCAAAUAAUAAAGCUAAUUUCAAUCUACUCGUAUAAAGCUAAUAUUUUAAUUUUGCGAUAAAGCCUCUAAUAAUAAGCAAAAUUUUGCCUUUAUCGAAGGGAGUGAGUGAUUCUUUUUGCUUUGAUAUUUAGUCCAAUCUUACUCCCUUUUGCUCCGUUUAUAGCUAUUGUGAUAACUUUCGACUACUUGCAAGAACUUGAUUCUGAAGCUUGGCUAUUUACUCAUAGAAAGUAUUUUUAUCCUCUGCUGUUUAUUUUAUCUCCAAUUAUUAUGAUAAUCGGGAUAUUUUUUGGAACAGGAAGUAUCUUGUUUUCAGCCUUCAGAAUAUGGAGAUACCCACCCAUUUUAUCUGCAACCCUCGUAAUGUUCGUUCUCCCUUUGGUAGUCCUCAUUGAUACUUUGCUAAUUCCAGUUAUUGGAAUCUUACUAAUUAUAGCUGUUAUUUCAGGAGUGAUCUUAUUUUUCAUUAAAAUAUACGCAUAUUUGGCUGGGAAAAUAGUUUCGGAUGAGACAUACUACCCAAAAGUGUUUAUUUAA